GAGGGGGGGGCGGGGCCGGCAUGCAAACGAGCUGUCCUUUUUUGGUCCGGUCCCCGCCUCGCGCUGUCCCGCGCCGGUCCCCCGGGACCUCCGGAGCACGGACCCGGGAGAAGGAGCCGUCCUCCGGGACGGUGCGGCCAUGAGGAGCGGGGAGGGAGGGGGGCGGCCCAAUCCCCCUUCCCGCGGGAACGGCCGUCUUCCGCGCCGUCCGUCCCUCCUCUCGUUUCUUCAUCAUUUCAUUUGACUUCUUUUUGAAGCGCUGCCUCUUUUUUUUACUCCUCCUUUCUCCGCAUUCCGCGCGGCUCCCUCCUCCCGUCCCGGCUCUCCCGCUCCGCUCCUCCGGCGGCUGCGCUCCGGUUCCCGGUUGCUUCUCCGUUGCGAUGCUCCCCCAGCUUCCCGCCCUCCUUGACUUCCCCGGCGGGCCUGGGAUCUGAACCGAGCCCGAAGGAGCCGAGCUCUCCUCCGGAUCAGGACCCGGUUCUUUGGGGAGGCUCCUGCCCCCUCCCCCCCUCCUCCUCACCUUAAUCCAGGUGUUUGGCGGCCUUUGGCGCGGCGGCAGCGGGAGGAUUACUCUUCAUCUGAGCUUUUUGCUGAAGAUGUUCUCCAUCCAGGACGGCCUCCCCCGGGGGGCUCUGACCAUGAAGGAGGAGCCGCUCCCCACCGGCAUGACCCCGGUGCGCUCCUGGAUGCAGGGCGCGGGGAUUCUGGACGCGAACACGGCGGCCCAAAGUGGGGUGGGGUUGGCCCGGGCUCACUUUGAGAAACAACCGCCGUCCAACCUGCGGAAGUCCAACUUCUUCCACUUUGUGCUGGCGCUGUACGACCGGCAGGGUCAGCCCGUGGAGAUCGAGAGGACUUCCUACGUGGACUUUGUGGAGAAGGACAAGGAGUACAACGGAGAGAAGACCAACAAUGGAAUCCACUACAGACUACAACUGCUCUACAGCAACGGCAUCAGGACAGAACAGGAUCUUUACGUUCGGCUGAUAGACUCUAUGACCAAACAGCCCAUCCUGUAUGAAGGCCAGGACAAGAACCCGGAGAUGUGCCGCGUCCUCCUCACUCACGAGAUCAUGUGCAGUCGAUGCUGCGAUAAGAAGAGCUGCGGGAACCGGAACGAGACCCCAUCUGACCCCGUCAUCAUCGACAGAUUCUUCCUGAAGUUUUUCCUCAAGUGCAAUCAGAACUGUUUGAAAAAUGCCGGAAACCCUCGAGACAUGAGGAGAUUCCAGGUGGUGGUUUCCACUACGGUGAAUGUGGAUGGUCACGUGCUGGCAGUGUCAGACAACAUGUUCGUCCACAACAACUCCAAGCAUGGCCGUCGCGCACGCCGCCUGGACCCCUCUGAAGCCACGCCCUGCAUCAAAGCCAUCAGUCCGAGCGAGGGCUGGACCACCGGCGGUGCCACUGUCAUCCUCAUCGGGGACAACUUCUUCGACGGCCUGCAGGUGGUGUUCGGCACCAUGCUGGUGUGGAGCGAGCUGAUCACCCCCCACGCUAUCCGGGUCCAGACCCCCCCUCGGCACAUCCCUGGAGUGGUGGAAGUCACGCUGUCCUAUAAGUCCAAACAGUUCUGCAAAGGAGCUCCAGGACGCUUCGUCUAUACCGCUCUGAACGAACCCACCAUUGACUACGGCUUCCAGAGGCUACAGAAGGUCAUCCCACGCCACCCCGGAGACCCCGAGAGGUUACCAAAGGAGGUGCUGCUGAAGCGAGCGGCCGACCUGGUGGAGGCUCUUUAUGGGAUGCCACACAACAACCAGGAGAUCAUCCUGAAGCGAGCGGCUGACCUCACGGAAGCGCUCUACAGCGUACCCCGCAGCCACAACCAGCUGCCGUCGCUCACCAGCUCCGCCGCACACUCGGGCAUGAUGGGAGUGAACUCCUUCAGCAGCCAGCUCGCCAUCAACAUCUCUGAGGCCUCGCAAGCAGAGCAAGGAUACUCUCGCAACUCCAACAGCGUGUCUCCACGCGGUUAUGCCCCAAGCUCCACCCCCCAGCAAUCUAACUACAACACCAUCACGUCUACCAUGAAUGGGUACGGGGCGGGGAUGGCCAAUCUUGGCGUACCUGGAUCUCCGAGCUUCCUAAACGGUUCUACGACCAACUCUGCCUACGCAAUCAAACAGAAGAGCGCCUUCGCCCCCGUCGUGCGGCCACAGACCUCCCCGCCCCCCACCUGCACCCCCACCAAUGGCAGCAACCUCCAGGCCAUGGCCGGACUUAUUGUGCCCCCCAUGUGAGGAGGAACCCCGCCCUCUAACCUGACGCACCACCCCCACCAGCCCCCACCUAUAACCACUGCCGCACCAGCUCCACCCUUCCUUCCUGUCAAACAGGAGGGGGCGUGUCCUCCUGCAGUUUCCUCUCAGAGAUGCCACAAAACUCUGGAUUUAUUCUCCGGAUUUUUCCUGUCAGUUCCUGUUCACUUCUUCUGUAUUUCCCGCCUGACGGCUAAGGGGUUUAGUUCUGAGUCCAGAAACCCGGAUCCUGAGGGUUUAGUUCUGAGUCCAGAAACCCGGAUCCUGAGGGUUUAGUUCUGAGUCCAGAAACCCGGAUCCUUCAGAUCUGACCUCUGUGAUUCGUUACUAUCGGACCCACCUAGUAGACAAAUGCUAGGAUGUCUCUUGACCGUUGACUAUAUAUGAAAACUGGACCGAGUGAGUGUGACCCCCACCCCACCCCCACCCCUCAGAAAAUGGUUCAUUCCGGCUGCAACCACAUGAAGUCAGUUUUGCCGUAUUUUUCUCUCUACAUAGACGCCGCCAUUUUGGAGCCAGUCAUCAGUAAUUGGUCUGAGUCAUCUGAGUUUCUAUGGCAACCACUCUCACCAAUGAGGAAUGAGCUUGUUGGAAGGCCACUCCCUUCUGUUUUGAAGUGGGCUUCAGGAAGUCUUUAAAUCAAACAGAAAAACAGAUGUUUUUUUUUCUAUUGAAGUCUAUGGGAUUCUGGCUUCUGGGAGCCACUUCCUGUUUGGAACGUAAGGGGGCGGGGUCUCUCAGUUCAGUGCUCAGAUUUAGUCAGCUGACGUGACAUCCUGCAGAAGAGCCGAGGUCUUCACAGGAGGCUCUGCAGCUGGUUUCUGGUCUUCAGUCGAAGCUGCAGUGGUUUGAAUCCCAAAAUGUUCCUGUGAUUGAUCUUUUUUAUGUAUUUAUAAAGUCCAUUCUGGGGAGUUCCUUCUGACGUAGGUCUGAAUGAUAGUUUCAAGUAUAUAUAUAUGUAUCACAUUUGAUGUCUUAAAACUUUUAGAUCUUGUAAAGACAUGAGAGGACUUUUGUAAAACUGAAGUUCUCAUGGAGGUCCUGGUUUCUGCCAGCAGGACUUCUGCAGCUCUUCCAGAACUUUUGUAAAAACCAUCUUCUGAUUCCAUAUUUAACUUUUGUACAAAACAUUGUUAGCGCAUUUUUCUCGUCCUUUGUGUAUUAUUGUGAAAUGUGAAAUGUUGGUUGUUUCUUAAUGCACUAUUUCUGUUGAAGCACUUAAUGAGAAAAAGGAAAACAAACAAACAAACAAACAAACAUUCAUGUCUUUUUGCAGACACAGGAGCGUUUUCCAAGUCAAAAUAAAUGUGAGCAGUUUCUAUCUUUAAAGUUUUACUUUUUUUUCAUUAAAAACAAUUCCUUAAGGGAAUGUCUGGAUGUGGGGGGGCACUGGACUAGCGGGCCCAAACAGAACCAAUCGGUUCCGAGCCUUAAACACCAACAUGAAACAUUUUCCUCCUUUUAUAACGUUUUCAUUUCUACUUUGAGUUAAAAAAAAUAUACAUUUGAAUAAAUACUAAGUUAUGAAAUCUUAUUUUUCAUCUGCAGUGAAGUUUUAACAAAAUGUUAUCAUAGAAAAUGGAAUUAUUUAACCUUUACAGCCAAAAAAAAAAAAAAAGAAAUGUUGUUUUACAGUUUGAAACGAUCGAAAAUGUGAACAAAAUACAACCAACAUUUAUGAAACCUCUUUACCUUUAAUGCAAAUGUUUGAAACAACUUUGAUAUUUAACUUUCGUUACAAGCAUCCAAACUUUGAUCACUUUAAAUGUCAUUAUUUAUCUGUUUAGAAUCACAUCAAUAGAUUUAAAACGAGUCAAAUCUGAAGAGAUCUAAAUCUGUCUACACUGUUGUUUAGUUGUAAACAACAGUUUCACCAUCAAUGUCAAAUUCUCACUUGACAUUUUUUAACAUUUUCAUCAAAAAAUAAUGAUUUAGGAUUCCAAUGAUUAGUUCCUUUUUUGAUUUUUCUUUUUUUUUUUACCUCUAGUAGAAAUGGAAAAGCUGAACGUUAGAAAGUGAACUGCAGGACAAAAACAUUUCAGCCAAACUCCAGGGCAACAUCUGGAAAACGUUUAGCUUAAAGCGACCUCUCACUUCAGUUUGUCCUUUUUUGCUGCAGUUGUAGAAAUUCUCAUCUUCACGUUUUAAGAUGAAGAUGUUUUCCUUUAUUGUGAAAGAGGACGGACUUUGUGAAAUAUAAAAUAUAUCCUCUAAGUAUCUGAAAGCACAAUGGUGAAUAAAUGUUUUAGAAUAAAAAAGGAAGGCGCCCAGAUUUGUCCGUUCCUGUCUCUAGCCAUGCUGUACAUAGAUGCAUGUCUUCAGUUUCUGUUGGUUUUUCUUGUGAUUCAGUGACUUUUGUAUAGAAACGAUCUAAUAAAGAUGACAUUUGGCUUGAA